AGUGAACAUCACCAACAUGGCUCAACCUACCCAGAACAAGCAAUGGCUCACCAACCAGGAUGGUUCUUCGAAACUCUACCGAGGCGAGACUUCUGUCCCCCAGCCCGGUGAGAAGGAGGUCCUGGUCAAGAUUCAGGCCGUGUCCUUGAACUACCGCGACACCGAGGUGGCGGAUGGACUUUACAACCACCACAAGAGUCUGAAUGAGGACACCAAAGCCGUCGUUGUGGCAUCAGACAUGUGUGGAACCAUCGUCAAAGCCGGUCCUGGAGCGUCCCUGAAGGAAGGCCAGAGAGUCGCGUCCAUCUUCCUCCAGACUCACCAGACAGGCCAGGUUCAGGAGAGCGACAUGGCAUCCGGCAUGGGUCUUCCCUUGGAGGGCGUUCUCCAAGAGUACCGUGUCUUCCCCGACACUGCUCUGGUCACCGUUCCCGACUAUCUGAGUAACGAAGAAGCUGCGACCCUGCCAAUCGCUGGUGUGACUGCCUUUAUGGCCAUGAACUGGAACCAGCCAAUGGGAAAGCCAGUCAGCAACCCCGAGACAACUGUCUUGUUCCAGGGUACUGGAGGAGUCUCGAUCAGUGGCUUGCAAAUCGCCAAGGCAUGUGGCCUGAAGACCCGUCAGCUUGGCGCCGACUGCACUAUCAACUACAAGAAGUUCCCCAAUUGGUCCGAGAAAGCGAUGGAGUUCACCAAGGGCAAGGGUGUCGAUAUCAUCCUCGAGUGUGGUGGUGCCCAAACCGUGCGCCAGAGCUUCGACUCUAUCGCCUUCGGUGGCCUCAUCUCGAGCAUCGGAUACCUCUCUGGCAAGCAGGACACCGAAAGCGAUGCUCUCAACAUCAACGUCCUGGCAUUGAGACGCAACGUGACUCUGAAGGGACAUAUCAAUGGACCUAAGGAUCGUUUCGAGGACUUGCUGCAGCUCUAUGCAGAGAAGCAGAUUCACCCAGUUGUAGACAAAGUCUUUAGCUUCGACGAGGCAAAGGACGCUAUGCAAUAUCUUGCCAAGGGCGGCCAUUUCGGCAAGGUCGUCAUCAAGGUCGCA